CGAUUCAUUCUUGGAUUUAGUCUUGUACUGGCGAUUUCCCACGUGAUAGGCGGUAGAAUAUUCUGAUGGAUGUUUUUGACACAGGAAUUUUUGGCACUCACAUUACCCUUCUUUGGAUAGCUAAUCCUAUAUCUUGGAAAUUGAUAUGUUAUCAUAACUGUUGGGUACUCUCUUCUCUCUUCCACUAUUGGCAGUUCUUGACCAGUAUAGCGUAUUAGCGCCACGCCAACUAAAAUUGAAUUUUUAAAUAGAAUCAAUCUAAAGG